AUGGCCUCUAAAGUUCCCUCUCAGCUCCUCGGCUCCAACGAGACUCUUCCAGUAACGCAGCACCACGAUGUAUACUCUACCAUUGACCCGACCUUUGCAUGGCAGUCGCAGACCUAUCGCGGAAAGUCGGUAUUCAUCACGGGCGCGAGCCGUGGCAUAGGUCGUUCAACCGCCAUCACAUUUGCAAAGGCCGGAGCCGCGGUGGCAAUCUCCGCGCGCUCAGAGAAAGCUCUCGAGGAGACGAAGGCCCUUAUACUCCAGGAAGCCCCGGAGGCAAAGGUCGAAACGUAUGCUGUGGAUGUUUCUAAAGCCGCGGACAUGGAAGUCGUCAUGAAGAGCGCGGCCGCUGCAUUCGGCGGCUUGCACGUGGUAAUCGCCAACGCGGGAUACAGCAACACAUUCGACAUACCGAUGCACGAGCGCGCUCCAGACCAGUGGUGGCGUACCUUCGAGGUCAACGUGCAAGGGGUGUACAACACUCUACGUGCCUCCGUCGACUUCUUGCGUCAAUCAGGAGGUUACUUCAUCGCCGUGACCUCGAACGGAGCGCAGCUUCGCUGGCCUGGUGGCGCUGAUUAUAUGACUUCCAAGCACGCGGUGAAUAGGCUUGUCGAAUUCAUAGCGCUAGAGAAUCCUCAGAUCAAGACUUUCUCUCUCCACCCGGGAAUGGUCGUGACCGAACUUGUGGAAAAGAGCAAGCUCAUGGAGUAUGGGUUCUCCUUCGAAGACUCCCCAGAGUUGGCCGCCUCGACGAUGCUGUACCUCUGCUCUGGCAAGGGCGACUGGCUGAACGGGCGCUACGUUGAGGCGACUUGGGACCUGGGUCAGAUAGAACGCGAAUGGAAGGGCAAGAUACUUGACAACGGCUUGCUGAUCAACAAGCUCAGUGUCAACUGA